AUGUCUGUCGAAGAUCUUAAAGCCACUGUCACCAAACUUCAAGAAAGAAUUGUUCAAUUAGAACAAAAGGCCGGAAUUGUGCCAAAUGUUCCAAAGUCCAUCAGAAUGGUCUUAAUUGGACCUCCAGGUGCUGGUAAGGGUACUCAAGCUCCAAACUUGAAGGAAAAGUACUGUGCUUGUCACUUGGCUACUGGUGACAUGUUGAGAGCACAAGUCGCUUCCAAGACCUCAUUGGGUCUCGAAGCCAAGAAGAUCAUGGACCAAGGUGGAUUAGUUUCUGACGAAAUCAUGGUCAACAUGAUUAAGGAUGAAUUGGAAAACAACAAGGAAUGUGCCAACGGUUUCAUUCUUGACGGUUUCCCAAGAACCAUCCCUCAAGCUGAAAAGUUGGACGGUAUGUUGGAACUGAGAAAGACUCCAUUACAAAGCGCAAUUGAAUUAAAGAUUGAUGAUGAAUUAUUAGUCGCUAGAAUCACUGGUAGAUUAGUUCACCCAGCUUCCGGAAGAUCUUACCACAAGUUGUUCAACCCACCAAAGAAAGACAUGACCGACGAUGUCACCGGUGAAGCAUUAGUUCAAAGAUCUGAUGACAACGAAGGUGCCUUAAAGAAGAGAUUGGUCAGUUACCACAAGCAAACCGAGCCAAUUGUCGACUUCUACAAGAAGACUGGUAUUUGGAGCGGUAUUGAUGCUUCCCAGAAGCCAGCCAAGGUUUGGACCGACAUCUUAAAGUGUCUUGGUCAAAAGUAG